AGGAACACGGCACAACACUGUGUCGCUGAAACAGAGAUACUGCAAAGCAGCUACAAGCCAACAUUAAAGUUUUGUUAUAAAGUUGCGUUUUAAAGCGACGUGUUAGGAGACUAUACCUGAGUUUUAAACUAAGCUGUAGGUCUAGUACAGUCAGCUGGCUGGCAGAAGACGGUUAGAGUUUAAAAACUAACCUGUGUUUGUUAGCGUUUAACGGUAAAAGAAGCAUUCACUGGCGUCUACCAGGCAACUAAGUUACCGUGUGUUUCAGUUUUCCACUCGGCCGUUAUGUUUUCUGAAUGUUUAUCUCGGAGCGGUGAGAUGAGGAUUCGGAACCGGUGCAGUGAAGCAGGACCGAACCGAUCCGGUUUACUCUGCGACAUCAACUGUGUGAUCAAGAGAGAAGCGUUCACCGAGUAUUACACUCUCAUUCCGGGCAAAGAGCUGGGCAGGGGAAAGUUUGCAGUGGUGAAGAAGUGUGUGGAGAAGAGCACCAGUCGAGAAUAUGCCGCAAAGUUCAUGAGGAAGAGUAGGAAGGGCCAGGACUGCAGAGCAGAAAUCAUUCAUGAGAUUGCUGUGCUGGAGCUGGCAGCAUCCUGCCAUCGGGUGGUCAAUCUGCAUGAAGUCUACGAGCUUCCCAGUGAGAUGGUGCUGGUUCUGGAAUUUGCUGCCGGUGGGGAAAUCUUCAACCAGUGUGUGGCAGAGAGAGAUGAAGCCUUUAAAGAAGAAGACGUGAAGCGGCUGAUGAGGCAGAUCCUGGAGGGUGUUGCUUUCCUUCAUAAUAACAGUGUGGUUCAUCUUGACCUGAAGCCACAGAACAUUCUCCUGACCAGUGAUGAGCCUUUGGGUGACAUUAAGAUUGUGGACUUUGGCCUGUCGAGGAUGGUGACCAAUAACCAAGAAAUCAGGGAGAUCAUGGGCACACCAGAGUAUGUUGCCCCAGAGGUUCUCAAUUAUGAGCCCAUUAGUACAGCUACUGAUAUGUGGAGUAUUGGUGUGCUCGCCUAUGUGAUGCUGACUGGUAUCUCUCCCUUUCUGGGGGACGAUAAGCAGGAGACCUUUCUGAACAUCUCCCAGAUUAAUGUCAGCUACACAGAGGAGGAGCUGGAGCACCUGGACAAGGCAGCUAUUCACUUCAUCAAGUCGCUUCUCAUCAAGGAACCAGAGGACCGAGCCACUGCAGAAGAGUGUCUGAACCAUCAGUGGCUUCAAACACAGGACAAGGACUCAGAGGAGGAGGACCAGCAACAGAACACAGCCUCUCCCAUCCUCCAACCAGCCAGCACAGAGAACUCCACCCAGAGAAGUGAGGAAGAGGAGAAGGAAGGCAGAAAGACCGAAGAGCUCAUCGUAAUGGCUGCCUACACCCUGGGUCAGUGCCGCCAGUCCUCAGAAAAGGAGAGCCUGACUCCAGAGCAGAAGGCCAUUACAAAGCGAUUUAAAUUUGAGGAGCCUUUUACGACACUGCAGGAGGUGCCUGGAGAAUUUAUUUACUGACCAUUUAGCUGUUCAGCUCCAACUAGAGCUGCACUGCGGACAUUAAAGUCUUGUGUUUGUCUUGAGUUUUAACUCAUUCUGGUAAUAUGCCAAAUUGUCAUUGUUGUUGUUGUACAUGGUUGUUACUGAAGAUUAAGCCUUGAUAUGGUUCUUAAUUUUUCCAUCUUUUGUAUCAUUAUCUUUGCUCUUAUUCAUCUUAUAUUUCAUGUUCUUUUAUUUUGGUUUCCUGUUUUUGCCAUCUUUAUCAAAUUGAAUGUCUCUGAGAGGGAAGAGCAGAGCAUGAUUAUAUGUAAAUUAAACACAGUUUAAAACCAUUCUGACUGUUCACCAGUUAAGUGGACAGUCACUUUCAGGCCAUUCCCAGUGUAACAGUUUCUUCUGAUUAGCUUACAGAUGACAAAAUGUAAAAUAUUGUUGGGUUUUUUUUGUUUUCUUUAUGUCUUGGUUAAAAAUGUAAAUUGCUUGGUUAGCAUAAUGAAUAUGUUGAAUUAUAUAUGUAAAAGUCAUUGUCUUGUUAUUGUAAAUAAAAGUUCCUCUUCAAGCGUGUAA